AUGGGGAAGAGAAAAGAACGCCGCCUUGCUGCUUUGAAUAACACUGGCCGACGCGUCAAGGUCGAUCUCUUCGCGGAACCCUCUGGAGAUUUGGGUGGCUCCUCUGUAAAUAAUGGAGAUGGAGGGGAUAUAGAUCCGUCCCAGCGUGCUGGAUUACCCAAUUCACCAUCAUCUUCAGGUCAACCACCACAGAACCCUCUUAUGUUACUUGGGCAAUAUAGUGAUGAUGAUUUAGAUGAGGAAUCAAGUAUAAGGCUGGAUGGUGCUAUUGCAGUGAAUUCCCCAGCUGACCCUAAUGACCAGGAGGCGCCUCUUGGUGAAGGAAAAGAUGGAAAUGCCUGUGCACUUGAAGAUGUCACCGCACAGAAAGUUGAUCAACAGGACACGGGGAGAGAUUCUAUGCCAGUUGAUGUUUCACAGGGCCUGGAAGGUGGUGAUAUUAGGGAAAGCGACGCUACUGCCUCAGCUGAUACAUUGAAAGAAAAGGAUUCCUUGGAGCAAAUCUCUGUUGCUGGAACUCCUAAUGCACAGGCUAUUGGAGAUGUUAGUGCAGGCUGGAGGAUGGUAGUGCAUGAGGAGAGUAAUCAGUACUAUUACUGGAAUACUGAAACUGGGGAAACUUCCUGGGAAAUACCAGCUGUUUUGGCUCAGCAAAAUCAAUUAACCUCUGAUCAGAAGGCAUGUGCUGCUGAAUAUAUGCAGACUGUUCAUGGGGGUGCAAAUUUGUCUAGUUCAACUUCAGCUGCUGGAUUGGAUAAUCCUUUAGCUGCAUUAUCUGUAGAGGGUUCAGCAGGUAAUGAUUUGAUUCCUCAAAGCACAGAAGUGCAUGGAAAUGGGCCACAAAUGAAUGACUGGGUUGAAGGAUACAGAAAUGAAUCUGUGAAAGAUGAAAAUUGGGUUGCUGAAGCUCUCCAGAGGGAAAUGCCAAGUAACUUGACUGCAGUUAAUACUUCUUUGGGUGAUGGGAGUUCAGUAGUUUCGGAGCAUAAACAUGAUGCACUAACUAAUGACCAUAGAGGAAUAGAUCUUUCAACUAGUCUUAUGAAACAAUGUGAGAGAUUGUUGGAGAGACUGAAGUCACUGAAAGGGUAUGGGAGUCACCUGCAAGGUCAGGACCAGAUGUCAAAGUAUAUUAUAGAAGUAGAGAUUAGACUUUCUGAUAUCAAGUCACUUUCAACUUAUGGAUCACCUUUGCUUCCAUUCUGGGCCCAUUGUGAAAGGCAGCUUAAACAAUUAGAAGAUGUCAUUAACAAUGAAAUUUACCAGCUUGCUGUAUCAGCACAAAGGGAUGACGAUGUUGAGGCAACUGCUGAUGAUUCUUUUAAAGAAAAGGAAAAAUCUCAAGAAAAUUUGGGUGAAAAAUCUGAAGCAGAUGCACAUGAGAAUAGUACAAAAUCUGAAGUUUCUCCUGUUUCUACUAGUGUUGAUAGUGAUUCACAUAAUAAAGGUAAUUAUGGAAAUAACCAUCCCAGCAAUGUUCCUUCUGGAUCCCCUAGCAUGCAUUUGGAAGGAGGUGCUCCAAUUAAUGAAGAAUUGAAUGGGACUAUUCAUUUGAAUUCUGAGUUCCAUCCUGCAGAAGAUGUUGACAUGGAUGUAGAUAUGGAAGUUGAAGAGGGAGAGUUUCAUCCUGCAAGCAUCACUACUUUUGGAGAUGCUUUGAGUGCUGAAGAUUAUGGACAGGUUGAGAAAAUGGUUCAGUCAAAUCCACCUGCAGAGCACCUGUCCUUGUUGUCGGGAGAUGUAUUAACUGUUCCGCCUCCACCAGAUGAUGAAUGGAUUCCCCCGCCACCACCUGAGAAUGAUCAGGUCCCUCCACCCCCUCCUGAUAGUGAACAAUUUCCUCCACCCCCACCUGACGAGCCUCCUGAAUGCUCAUAUCCUCCACUUCCAUCUUAUCCAGAGACAGGUCAACCUCUCCCUUACGCAGAACAAUACAACUUAACCUAUCCAGACCUCAAUUUCCAAUACUAUGGGCAUACAGUUGCUGUCCCAAGUUGUAAUUUUUAUGGAAAUACUGAUGGAAGUCAGGUUGCUGUGCCACAUGCAUCACUUUACUAUGCGGCGACUCCCAACACAUAUGUUGAUACUGCCUCAGUCAUUGUCAGUUCUGUUCAGCCAGUAGCAUAUUAUAACGUUCAGGAUGGAUCAGCACCUGUGCCUGUUGUUAGUGGUGUAGUAUCUUCUCAGUCACAUAUAGAAGCUGAUCCUGUGAGUUAUGAUAGCGUUGCUUCUGAUCAAAUAAAGGCAGGUGAUGACUCUGCAACAGAGCUGAAUGUGAAGCUUGGUGGCUCGGCUGUUGGUGUCGAGACUGAUUUGGCAUCUGAAGUGGUUUCUUCUACUCUGACCACCACUGAAGCUCCUACUAUGGCUAGAGCAAAAGAGACCGCUUUUGCAUCAUCAAAGAAAGCUGUCACUGCUACUGCUGCAGCUGCGCCUGCCUUGUUAACAGGUGCCAAGGUUCAAACUAAAGUUUCACGUAAAAAGCGGACAGUUGGUGUUGCACCCUCUUUGAGGUCUAAUAAGAAAGUCUCUAGUUUGGUGGACAAGUGGAAAGCAGCCAAAGAAGAGUUGAAUGAGAAUGAGGAAGAUGAACCUAAAAGUGCUUAUGAGAUAUUAGAGAAGAAGCGGCAAAGGGAAAUUGAGGAAUGGCGUGCUAAACAGAUUGCCAGUGGAGAGGCCAAGGAUAAUGCUAACUUUCAGCCUCUGGGUGGCGACUGGCGUGAGCGAGUGAAGCGUAGGAGAGCUCAAGCAGCUAAAGAAGCUGCAAUGACUCCGCCAGAGGCCCCAACUGACAAAAACAAGCAGCCUGAUUUAGAAGAACUCUCAAGGGGCCUUCCAUCUGGUUGGCAGGUGUAUUGGGAUGAAUCAUCAAAACAAGUCUAUUAUGGUAAUGUCAUCACCUCAGAGACAACCUGGACCAGGCCAACGAAAUGA